AGAUUCUAUGAACUGCACCACGUCACCAGCCAGUUGACUACAGGCAUCCUUUCGAGGCUCUAAUCAUGGAGCUCUUGGAAGAAGUAGAGCAGAUGGCACGCAACGCAGCUAAUUCCAUUGAUGUGGAGAAUUGUCAGGAGCCAUCUGACACUGAUAUUGCCAGAUGGCAGCAACUCUUCGGCUACAGCUACGCAAAUGCCGCCGAACUUAUCAAACAAAGAAGAGGUGAUCUCUCCAGGCAAGGAGUAUCAGAUGACCAUUGGGAAAUGGUUAGAACAGAGAAGGAAGCCCAGGGAUACGAUCGUGAAGCCUACGAGCAUGAGGUUGAGAUAGGUGGAAAGCCAAGGGCAAAACCACCAACAACUGGAGCUCCACCUUUGUCCCCAACACAGGCACGUGCAAUGUAUCUGAUAAAGCUCGAUGGCAUUCUGGAUACUCCCGAGAAGAUCCAGGACGCCGCUGGAUUAGAUGAAUGUCCUGAUGCGAUUCAAGCAACGAGAGACGACGGACAUUCCUCCUUUUUCUGCACCAUCGAUGGCAAAGCCAAACAUACCAUAACUCAUUGGCUUACAAUGCAAAACCUUCUCUUUGAGCCUACAUUCGUUCGGCUUUUUCAAAGAGCACCGAAAGACUUUUCCAACAACUCGAUAUAUCCAACCCUUGGACAGGAUUCCACCCUCCCACAAUACCGCCUUGCUACUCAAAACACAACCAUACUGCCCUCACAAGACCAAUAUCCCGUCUGGUACUUCUUUUACGGGAAAUUGGCCGAUGCCUGCAUUCUACAACGGCGGCUAUCCCUUCCAGAGACCGAAAUUCCUGUUCUCAAGUGUGCCAGUAUCCCCAGAGGAAUCCUGGCAACAUGGGGUAGUAAAUACAAGGCCCUGUUAGAUGGAGAUGUCAAUUCUCAAGUUGAUGGGUCAGCAUACCUAGUGAUGUCAAAAGAGGAUGAGGAUGCCUUAAGAGCUUACGAAACUGAUAAUUAUGAGGUUGUUAGAUGCACGAUCAUAAUGAAGGAGGAAAAAGUCAAAGGUUGUACCUUUCGGUUUGUUGGCACUCCAGACACUGUUGUGAACACCCAAGGCUUUUGCUGGUUUUGAC